AUGUUGAAACUUACGUCGGUGAUCCUGUUUCUGACCAUUGCCAUGGAUACCUGGCAUUACGUGCUACUACAAGAUGGUUCCAGUAACAGUCCAUUUAACCAGGGCAAUAACUUGUACGAAACACCGUACUCCCAUUCAGUUAUGAGUAUGAGUGCUGGCCGUCCAAUGAUGGCCAUGGUUGCUGGAACCGGAACAAACGGCAUGGGUGUCCCUGUCACUUCCGGCCAUGUGACACAGAUGAGCACAAGCCCGGACAAGGGGAAGCAGACGACAGAUUGCAUAGCAACCAUAAUCUGCAUGUUGUCGUGUAAAACGGGGUAUAAACUUGGACCAAAAGGACAAGAUGGCUGUCAGACGUGUAGUUGUUCCAAAAAUGAAUCGAAAGACUCUAAUACAAACCCCGACAAACCUAAAAACGGCGCUAACUCCGGUGGACAAUCAAGUCCAUCCCACACGGACAAUAUGCCGGGUGGAUCGUCUUUAAUGUUUGGUUCCGGUUCCGGUUCCGGUACAGGAUCGCUAUAUUCUAAUACGAACUUUAAAGAUUCUAAAAACGACACUAAUUCUGGGAUACAAUCAAGUCCUUUCCACAUCGGCAAA